AUGAGCAAUUACUCGCGAACGGAUUUCGCUCAAGUCGGAACGACAAAUCGCGGAUGCAUGAAGGUGAUACCGGCUGAUAAGGAGAAGGAUUUUGAUUUGAUAGUUGUUGGUGGUCAAAACGGAAGUCUAAUAUGUCUAUCCAGGAAAUCGAACGAUACGACGGUAACUAUAGGAAUCCGGGCAUCCCGACAAACGUACAUAAUCUUUCAGAUCGUUUUCAAAACGCCACCAGGCCCUCCCAUCCAGUCAUUGGCACUGGGAGGAAGUCCAGCCAACAAAAAGAAAGAUAAAGUAUUCUUCGCAUCUGGAAAUCAGGUCCGAGGCGUUAACAAGAAAGGAAAAAUCUUUUUCUCGAUGGAAACUACAAUGGCUGAAACAGCGAAUCGAAUGUUUGUCAAAGGAGUGGAUGUAGUGUUGACAGGAAGAAAAAGCUACAGUCGGUAUCAUGAUACACAGGAUUCGAAUAACUAUCUCUGCACGGAAGACAUCCAUGACGUCGUGUCCCUUGUCUACGAAGAAGCAUGGGGCGCCAGAGAGUACACUUCCGUCCUAGCCUGUGGAAAUUCCACACUACAAGUCAUCGAAGGCAAUAAUCUUGGCUACGAAGUCCGUCUAGAAUCCAUCCCAUUUACCGUAUCCCUCUUCAUGGGAGAUGGUGGAUUCUCAAAAACGUUGGUACUCUAUGGAACCAAAUCCGGACGGCUCGGUCUUGCGUCCGUACCUCAAAAAGGGGGUAAAAUAAUUUGGGAAAUUCAAACGACGAGUUCUGCAUGUGUGACUACAAUCGUUUGUUACUCGGUGACAGGAGGAGAGUUUCCGGAUAUCAUUGUCGGGAAGGAGGAUGGUUUGAUUGAGAUUUAUGUCAUUGAUGAGACCGAUCAUGCACAUCUUUAUGGCACUUUUGCUUGCGAGGAGUCGAUCACUGGAAUCUCAUGUGGACACGUGGCGUCGAAGACUGAAACGGACAUUAUUGUGUGCACUUUUACAGGUUGGCUUUUCUCCUUGGCCAAAACCAGUCGUCCUCUGAUCGAAAACCUUCCCGUCGCUGCAAAUUUCAGUGUAAAAAUGCAACAAUUGAGAUCCGAAGUCGAGGAAUUGCAAUCUAAGGUCAACGAGGAGAGAUUGAGAUAUGAGGAGAUCACAAAGCGACAAGGGGGUGGAGCCGGCUCCACAUUCUUCCACGCUUUUCAGGUCCACGAGAACUUCGAGUACAGUCCAGUUCACAACGCCUACAACCUGACUAUCGAACUAGUGAUCCCAAUCGAUUUCGUCGUCGUCCAAUCUCAACUUCCGAUUCGUUUAAUGGAAGUGGAGAAGAACGCGUCGGUGGUCAGCGAGGUUCAUCAGGAUGGUCUCAAUCCAUGGCCACUUUUGGCAUCAUACCGGUGUCAGGCAAACGUUUGUCGAUUGGAGCUACGAGUUCAGGCGAAUGAGGGCGAUUCUGGUGUGAUCAAUUUGUAUGUGUGUCCCAAGAUUAUGCCAAAAUGUGCGCAGAUCACCACCCACUACAUCAAGGCGCUGUCCACCCACAUGCGGGCCCACGAUUUCGACAUGUAUCGUCCGAUGAACACUUUGCAGUUUUCAGGAAGUUUCUCGAUUGCUGAAGCACACGCAUGGCUUCACCAUCUCCUACCGAACGUUCCAUCGAAAUGUCCACCGGCGGAUACGGUAACCAAUAAUUAUCGAAGCGACGCUAAUGGCGGUACACAGCUUCAGGUUGUUUACAGCAAAGGCUCAGCUACAUUCCGUUCGGACUGCAUGACUACCAUCUGUAUCAUUCGCGACAAAGUCAGUGAGCAAACAAUGAAAAUGCAGAUACGCGUUGAAGUCGUUUGUGAACUCAAUCAAGAGAGUGUGGACCAUUGUCUGAAACUAAUCGAUCCCAAAAUUUCGGCGAUUUUGACAAUUGAGAAGGAGAAAUUGUAUGCGGCAGCGUUGAAGAAUUCCAAAAAUAAACGUUUUCGAAACUCUUUGAUAUUCCAUCCUCCUCCUAAUGACUUUACGAAUAAAACAGAGUGUCCAAUUACCGGAACUGACGGUGAGUUGGAAUCCAACAACGACAACGUCUUUAGUUUCCUGUCACCAGCCAACGCGAGACUUCUAAGGGACCACGAUAUGAUAUACGAGAAAGCGGAUGGUGUGGACGUUGAAGAAUCGGGAAUUCUGGCGAUUGUUGAGAAUCUGAUGGUGGCCAGAGCCAAAUUGAGUGGAAAAUCGAUAAAAGGAAAAUUGGAGGCAAUUAGGGACUUAAUUGCCAAUGAUUAUACUCUUGAGAAGAUGCAGGCGUUGUUCAAGAUGAUGAACGACUAG